AGAGUGUAUACAGGGAGAGGACACGCGCCUAGGUGGUUGUGGUGCGGUGUGUGGUACCUGUAGUGUUGGUAACAGUUAUUCCUUAUGAGGACGAGUGGAAGUUGUGUACGUCGAUUGGUGUGGCUUGGGCUUUGCUGGGUGGUGCCCAAGCAGAAGAGAGGCAAUGGGGUUUGUGUGGAAGUAACGAGUUGACCAUCAGUGAAGUAACCGUGAGCGAGCUUUUCUAUGUUGACGCGUUUCUUACCGUUAUGGGUCUUUUGGGGGGCUGGGAUUCAUAGCUAGGGGGGCUCCUGUCGGUUGGAGGGGUUGGAGUGGAGGAGGGAAUGGUUGCUUGGUACCGGAGUUACGGAGGUAUGGUGUCCCCUACAUUGGCACUGGUUUGGUAGUCCUGUUGUUGGAUGGUGAGGGAGGGGCAGGGCAGCAGCAAACUGUUUCCCCUGUGCAUGCACCGCACCGUGUCUCGAACGACACCCCCCCCCCCUGCAUGGAGAGAGUGGGCUGCAUGGAGUAAACAAGAAACCCAGUCACGCGCACAUCUCGCACAUGUGAUAUGACAAUACCGGUAUCUUCUGUGGCUGAAUAUGUUGGCUGAUUUUGGUGGAGGUUGGCUUUGGACCAGGGCUGGUAUAACGCAAGGUACUCUGCACGGCAUGAUCGCCGUACAUACAUGUUUGGUGCCGCAGGGGCUUGACUGCUGGUGUCUCUCAAGCGAUUGCGGGUUCUCCGUUGGGUAUGCAAUUGUUGAAAUAGAACUUCAAGGGGUGGUUUCUCAGGCAUUGGGGAAAGGGCAGGGAACCACCAGGUUCCGCUGGUGGUGGUAUGCUCGCGUGGCCAAGGUGGAUGACCUAACUGCUGGAAGUGCUCAAACAUCGAUCGCUUUUUAGGCUUGUAAUGUGGAAUGAUACAAAGUAUUAAUUUAGCGCGUUCAGGCCUAAAAGCGCGACAAGCGCAACGGUUGAUGCACGCGAGCCACAUGCUAAAUACAGCUGUCGCUAGGUCCGCGUCUACGGGUAAAGAUGGAGCUCGGGAGCGGCAGAUGACAACCAGUCAAACUGGAGAUUAUGUGGCGCGAGAGGUUCGCCCGGGGGUUAUCGAUUUGAGCGUUGGUCAGCCGAGUCCGUCCUCGCUUCCGCUAAAUGCCAUGGCAGCUGCUGCUGCCCAUCGUCUGGGCUCACCCGACGCUGAACUUCUACUGCAGUACGGCCCCCGGCAAGGUUACCGCUCCUUUCGCAGCAGCCUGGCCGCCUUCCUGUCGCAACGGUACGGCAGCUCCGUGGAUCCAGACCACCUCAUGGUGACAGCAGGUGUUUCUCACGGAUUGGAUCUGGCGGUUGGUGCGUUGAGCCGCCCGGGCGACAUGAUUGUCGUGGAGUGCCCAACCUACUUCCUCGUAACGCCCAUCUUUCGGGAUAACAACCGCCUAACGGUUGUUCCCAUGCCAACCGACACUAACGGUUUGGUGGUGGAGGAGUUGGAGCGCUGGCUGGCAGCGGAUCCCUCGCACAGGCCCCGCCUGCUAUAUACCAUCCCCAUCCACAACAACCCGCGUGCCACCACCCUGCCCCCGGAGAGGCGGCGGCUGCUGCUGCGGCUGGCGCACCGCUACGGCUUCCAAGUGCUUGCAGAUGAGGUGUACCAGCUGCUGAGCUUUCCGCCGGAAGAGGACGAGGCGCACACCCGCAGCGGCCCCUCCUUCGCCUCCUCCUCCUCCUCCUGCUCCGCGUCCUCCUCCUCGUCCUCCUCGCUGCCGCUGCCGCUUCGCUGUUACGAGGAGUGCGACCCACGGGUCAGUCGGGUCAUCUCAUUCGGCUCCUUCUCCAAGAUCCUGGCGCCCGCUCUGAGACUCGGCUGGCUGGAGACCCCCCACCCCGGCCUCAUGGAGAGGUUUCGGAGCGACGGGGUGGUGGGCAGCGGCGGCUGCAUCGCGCAGCUGGCAGCGGGCCUGGCGCACAGUGCACUAGAGCUGGGGCUGCAGUCCUCCCACCUGGACACUGUCGUACGCCCCACACUGGCCUCACGCUGCCGUACACUGGUGGCGGCCCUGAGGCGGGAGGUGCUGGGGGGAGG